GUUUUCUGCUCCGCUGUUGCUGUUUCGCUUCUGAACGGCCGUUGGAGGGAGAGCUCGUUAGUCAAGCCCAACGACAAUUCUUGACCCCCCUUGCCUCCACUUUGCAACCAGCUUAACACACACGCGCACAUUAUCCAACGGUGUUCCGGUUUACAUCGCACUGUUGGUUGCGCUCCUUCCGUCGCCGGCUCGCCUGAUUGAGCUCCAGUGACGCUCACACACACCACAAGCGCCAUGGCCGACGAUGAAGAUGUUCAGGUCUCGGACCAUGAGGGCGAUGUCGAUUCCUCUGGCGUCUCCCGCCAUGUUUGUGAAGUUUGUGGCAAAACCUAUGCUCGGCGCAACCAUCUUUUGCGUCGUUGUUGCUCCUUGCGAAUGUGUGUGUGUGUGUGUGUGUGUGUGUGUGUGUGUGUGUGUGUGUGUGUGUGUGUGUGUGUGUGUGUGUGUGUGUGUGUGUGUGUGUGUGUGUGUGUGUGUGUACGAGGAGCAACAAGGGCAAGCCCCAUCUCUCAGCCAGUGUGGCACAAGCCGUGACCUCAAGCACCAGCUCUGCAUCCUCAUCAUGGCAAAAUGGGCCGCCAUCCCACGUUUGGCCAAGAGUCAACAGAUUCGUGUAGCUUUGAUUGCUGAUGACACAGACUUGAGCACAGAGCGACAGUCCCUUUGGAAACAGCUGCACACCACGCUUCGUGCAGAUUGUCAGGCCCAGGGUAUUCAACUUGAGAUCCACGACGUGCAGUACGGCUGGCCUGGGCUUGAGUAUGGCCAUCAUGCCGGCGCUACAGUCACCCACCAUCUCGCAGAGGCCGCCGAUAUCAUCAUUGCCCUUCUAGGCGAGCGCGCCGGAGAACCCCUCCUUCCAGCUGCUAUUUCCCCGGCCGCCUACGACCAACUGAUCAACAAGGCCCCGGAUGACGACGUAGUCCUGGCCAUUCGUGCUUGGUUCAUUUUGGACGAGAGCGCUACGCCGCCAGUCUAUCGGCUACAGGACAUUGACAACAAGUUGAAAAACUUCAAGCAUCGGCAAAGGGCUACUGCUAAGCAAGGCCAAACACAAUGGCGUGGGGUUAAAGACAAAAUUUUACGCGCUUUUGCCGCCAUCGGCGCCAACCCCGAGUUUGCCAUCAACGACAUGCCUGGCAGCGUUCUUGAACACGGCAUGAGUGUGGCGCUUGAGCGCAUGGCCAAGAAUGACUGUACAGUCCUAGUUGUGCACCGAACCUUUGCACAAGUUCCUGACAAUCUCGAUGAGGAAGUGCGGGCACGCACGUUUGGCGGCAUCGAUGAUGCCAAACGCAUUGCUCAGCUGAUUGAGGAGACACGUCCGCAUGUUAGCAAAAAGAAUGUCGAGUUGCUGGAGACCGAAUUGCCUUGGAACACAACGCCAAACAGCCAGCACCCCGCUCAUCGACAGUUUCUGAAGACAGUGUCACAGAAAGUGGCCCACAUGGUUCAGCAUCGUGCUGCACAAAUGGCUGGUCAGCUCGCUUUGACCAAACAAACGACGGCGGAACACGAGUUGGAGGUGCAGAGUGCGCGUAUCGCCAGUCUGCUGAUGGCUCCUAUCGCCACGUCUGUUAGCUCUACGCUUGUUAGCACUCUCAACUGCGACGCCGGCUUGGUGCUGCUGGAUGGCCCUUUUGGCUAUUGCGUUGAGGCCACGGCUGCUCGUGCCCUCCAACAGCUGGCAGUUGAGGCUCCAAACACGGCUGUAUGCGUGCGAUUAGUCGGUGUAUCGUGGGCAUCGGAAACAAUCGAGGCGUUGCUGCGAACAAUAUGUGCUCAGCUCUGGCAGCAGUUGAGCCAAGCUGACGAGGAGCUCCCUUUUGGUGUUGGUGCCCUGCUUGACAAGAUUAGCUUUGUUCGCAAGAGCCUGGAUCGGCGCGUUGUCGUCGCUCUUCUCGGACUCGAGCGUCUCAUCUCCACACGUGAUAGCCAUCUGCUGCCUUCUGUGCUUAGCCAGGCAACUAAAUUACCUCCCCAAGACAGCGAGGUCUUUGCGACCAAUCAGCAAGAGCGGCACGCUCGCAAGCUUACGAGCUUGCAUCAAACGACGCUCAAAAACACGGUGCAGCAGAACGGCACCCCACUUGCCGUUCAAUUGGCCAUGGCCCAGGCUCUGCAAUGGCCGUCUAGCCGUCCCACCAAAGAGGCAAAGCUGGCCAGCACGACGCGCGGUCUGGCUGAAGACGCCUUGUUGUCCCUCACCAAUACCUUUGGCAUGGCGCUAGCACACACGUGUCUAGGCGUCAUCCUCUCCUCGCCUUAUGGCGUGCUCCUUCACGAGCUCUUUGAUGUCCUUUCACUGGUGGAUGAGGCGGUUGCCGAGAGCCAUGCUGUCGCCUCUGCCACAGACGGCGCAAUCCGUGUCGCUUCCAGCACUGUCCUAGCGCUCGUUCACGCCUGUCGGCGCUCUAGUCUGCUUGACUUGAUAGCGCUCUCCAGCGGCACCAUGGUAGUGUGUCCCUCCAGCGAGAUGGCUGUGCUAUUGGCCCAGCAGCUGGACACCAAUCACCUUAUGCAAGCUACCAAGGCGUUGGUCGUGUUUUAUCGAGGCCAACAGCAUGGUCGCAAGCAGCCCUUCCUUGCAGGCCAGGGCAUCAAAGGUAGCGAGCACACCAAGACAUCACUGGAUCGUUACGUUCCCGAUCAGCCUGUGCGCUUUGCUAUUGGCCAGCCCAACAGGCGCCUGCUGACGUUUUUACCCCGUCUGCUCAAGAUGAUUGAGCAGGAGGAACUUCUGGACACGGCCUGCCUCUUUGAGUUUAACUUUCUUGCUGAGACGUUGGCCGCCAUGGGAGCUUUUGGUCUCGCCCACCUUGCAGUGCUUGCCAAUCACUGGGUAGAAGUCCCCGAGGGUCGCCGCGACUUUGUUCCGACCCGCCACACUUUUGUCCGCUUUGUGCAUGCUGCCGCUGCCAUCUUGACCCGUCAUCCCGGCCAGCUUGCCGCUCAAAUUCUGGGCCGACUGACGAGCGCCGCCCAUCUCGUGCACAUCAAGCAUCUGACCGAUGCCGCGCUCGCAGCUUGCAAAAGCGAGCAAUUUGUGGCCCACCCCCUCAUACCGUGUAUGCACGAACCCAGAGUGACACGGACACAUAUUUGCGACCCAGCACAGCCUAUUUCAGCCAUCGGCUAUGCCUCGGCCAACGAAGUGGUGGCCCUUUGUGACAACAAGUUGUUCUUGGUUCAGCCAGGCAAUGAGGUUUGCUGGGCCUCACCAAGUUUAGACGCAGACCUGGUGGCGCUGGCGCCCUUUCGGUCACUCUGGGGUGUGGAAAUUGGUACCCAUGGCCUUGUUCUCCUCCACUAUGUAUGGGAUACGCAAGAUCCAAGCGAUGAAGGAGUCGAGGGCUGUCUUGUGCUCAAGCGUCAAAGCCAUGGCAUUAUGAUGGCCAGUGGCGUGGACGAAGAGGCCCAAGCCCUCGCCGUAUCUUCAGAUGGUUUAUUGGUGGCCGUGGUCUUGCAGAGUCAUGUCAUGGUGUACCAGGCUAGCCCGGUCAAUAACGCCUACACGGACGUGGAGGUUGAUCUGUUUGCGUGCUACCCCAUUCCGCACUCUUUUGCAGAGCGUGUCAAUGAGGCGGCGGUGGGCAGUGAUGGCCGAGUGGCUCUGGUGGUGGCUGACGGUGGCCUAUUUGUUCUUCAGCCUCGUCCAAGCCCAGGCGCUGAGCUUCAAACUGGCCAGGGUAGCGAUCGGUCGAGCUGUGAACAAGCCCACCUCCGUGAUUUCCAUGCCAGCUCAUCUCAUUGGAUGUGCGUCCUGGAGGCGGGCGAUAUAGCUCUGACGGCCAGUAACACAGAAAUACUGAAGUGGGAUCUGCAUACAGGCCUGGUAGCGGGCCGCUGGGAUCGGACGCUCGAGCACAGCAUUCUAUCCUUGCCCAUCAAUGGAGAAGAUGAGCGAUACCACUCCCAUGUGUCCAGUCUUGGCCUGUGUGUGCUGACCUAUGCGCGCCCCGAAGAUCACCUGAUGGCUGACAGCUGGGCUGUCAUCGACGUGGAAGACAUGAAGGAGGCGCGUGUGCACCGAGGCAGUCAAGAACUCUCGGCUGUCUUAGGCCUAGACCGCACCGGGCAGCUCGUUGUUUAUCAAGCAACGGCCAACGGUGAGGUGGAGCUGUACGACCACGAGCUCGCACGUAUUGCAGUGGGUCGACUCGAGAGUCAGGACGAGGAUUGUGUCGUCCGCUUUUGGGAAGCUGGCAACGCCGUGUUUGCUCUCACCAAGCAUGGCGGGCUAUACCGCAUUGAAGUUGUCGACGAGGUCAUCAUCUGUAACCCGAUCGAGCUUGGUUUGCGAGCCAUUUAUCCGCAAGCACACGUGUGCCCCUCCGUCAAUGAGAACACACUGAUUGCCAUGGAGAGUGGCAUCGUUCUCUUUGAUGUCCGCAAAAUGACGGUGGCGCAGACGUACAAGGGUCUUGAGAGUCCAUUGGUAGAUUUGACUUGCAACGAUGAUCUUGUUGUUGCCGCCUCGACGAACCAAGUCGUGGUGUGGAACCUUCAUAGCGCCGUGCGUGAUGCCCAGCUGGUGCUGGAUGCUCCUUUUGUUGGCUGUGCUCUAUCAACUUCGGGCAUCCUUAUUACAGCAACGGAACGAGACAUUCAGGUGUGGAAUAUUCACGAGGGCUCAGUCAGCCAAAGCAUCAGCUUCGAUUCUCGCGUCCAACGGCUGCAAAGUGCCAUGAAUACACGCGCUGCGGACAAGGUCUUUAUUUGCUUGGAAUACGGCCCUGCUGUGCCCGUGCCUGUUCCCCAAAGUACCAAGCAGCGGGCCAAGCGCCAAGGCUUGGCUAUGUUUGGGGGUGCACUUGGCGCAGCAGUCGAUGUGAAGCAGAUCGCGGCUGCCCGUGGCCAGCUUCGCAGCUCUGUCAUGGACCCGCCCGUCAAAGUCAAGCCCAAACCUCAGGAGGAGCCCAACGAGAUUAUAGUCAAGUUGAACCAAAUCCGAGGGGCCAAGUCGUCAUUGGCCGACAUGGAACCUGAUGCGACCAGUGCAGUAUUAGUGAACGUGGUGGAAGACAACCACACUUCCGAGGAGGCGGCAGGCUUGGCUGAACCCAUUGACACGAAGCGAAGCUCAACGCACAGCACCAAAAGUGCUGCUUCCAGCAAACAUUCGGGCAAGCGCAAAUCCAAGACUCCUGUCAGCAGUGCACGGGCCUCAACGAUUGAAGGCGAGGAAGGUGUCCUCGGAGUCGAGGGCCUUGAUGCGAUUGAUGAACAGCAUGAAGUGGCUAGCAAGGGCUCUUGUUGUGUGAUUCUAUAA